CUACAUUGAUAAUGUUACAUGCAUUAAAUAUGUACACCAGGAGCUGAUCCUUUUUCUCAGCCGCACGCCAUGCCAAGAUACUCCGCCGGACGCCUCUGUGGUGGGGGCUGUCUUCUCUGUUCCAAGUGCUGGUCAAAUCUAGGAUAUCGUUCGUAUGGACCAAUGUAAACAUAGCGCAUCCAGUUUAACAUUCGGCUGCGGGGGCGAUUAUGAUCGUGGUUAAUCUCUUCUUGCCUAAAAAGGGCGCUUUCAUAAUGUUAUAUGAGCUCGUCCUCAGCACCGCAUUUCUGAUUCAUCUGAGCAUUCAGGAUGUAUGUCCAGCUCUUGGUAUUCACUGCAGCAGCAGUCCAGGCAUCCCAAACUACUCGCCUUGAUAAACGACAGCAGUCCAGCGAGCCAUGUGCUGAAGCCGCAAGUUACAUCGAAGUCUCCUCCGGCAGCCCUUCAGGGGACAUUCCAGCUGAGAUCGCAUACGCAUGUCUUCAAUCAGUUCCAGUGGAUACGGAUACCGAUAUCCAGCUCAUAGAUGAGUACAAAAUUUUUGUCGAGUGGCAAUCAACGUUGUCUUACCUCAAAGAUCCCCCGGCAGGCUAUGACAACCCUGCGGUAGAUGUGAUGGGAAGCCUGGACAGCAUCAAGCAAAAGCUCCAAGGUAGCGAGUACGGUAAUGAAUACGACGUACAAAACGACAUAUGGCGCAUGGUAGCCUCUACACACGACGGGCACUUCAACUAUGACGCAGAUAUCUUGAACGUGUUUACCUGGCGCCGGUCGUUCGGUAUUCAAUCCUUGUCACAGGGAAAUGAGGAUACACCCUUGAUUUACGCCAUCGCCACCGAUUCGGGCUCCUUGAUUGAGCCAGAGAUCACACAUAUCAACGGCCAAGAAGUAGCCGACUUCCUGAAUGAUGGGGCCCAGUGGACUGCUGAGAUGGAUGCUGAUGCACGAUAUAACACGAUGUUUCCUUCUGGUGCUCUCAAGAGCAGCUCACCCGGAGGCUUCCGAUUCCCUAGUCAAUACGUUGGACCAUGGACAAAUGUGACCUUUGCAGACGGGUCUGAAGGUAGCUAUGCGAACAUUGCGUCUCCUGCUUCCGGGUCCCGUGCUCCUCAGAUUCAAUGGGAUAGUGUCACUGAUGGACAAUCACUUUUCGACGCCUGUUGUGUUCUCAGUACUACUUCUCUUGAGGAAAAACGCAGUGCCCAGAAGCCUAUCAUACAUCUCAAAGCACCGAAGCACAACACAGUAAUGCCCAAGCGCCAGUCAUCUAUUACCUCUGAAUUCACCUCUGAGCUGGCGUCUCUUGAUGGAUUCUAUCUCGACAGCAACCCAGAUGUUGCCGUCAUCUCAAUUCAAUCUUUCGGCAUACCGGAUUCGGUCUCCCUGUCCCACGAAGAGUUCCCCUCCGCCUUCCAACAGGAGUUUCUCAGCUUUCUUCAAACCGCCUAUUCAGAUGGAAGGACAAAAAUGAUUGUUGAUCUUCGCGGCAAUGGCGGUGGUGAUGGUGUUCUUGCAUGGGAUGCCUUCCGGGCAUUCUUCCCCACGACUGAGCCUGCCGACGUCACCCGCUUCCGUGCCAAUGAUGCGUAUCUACUGAUAGGUGAGGGAGUCAAAGUUAUCCUUGAAAACGAAUCGACGCAACAAAAUGCGGGAAUUUUAUAUGAUGUACGAGACUGGAACUGGCAAGCAAACCUGAAGCCUGACGGUUCUCACUACACCUCCGCAGAGGAACUCUAUGGACCAACAGAGAUCCACGGGGAUAAUUUCACAAACCUAAUCCGGCGAGAUCUCUCCAACCCGCUCUCCUACGGUGCCGCAAACUUCUCCAUCAUCGGCUACGGUGCCAACGCCAACGCCGCAGUACCGCUUUACAACGCCAGCGACAUCAUCAUGCUGCACGACGGAGUCUGCCACUCGACCUGCGCCGCCUUCUCCGAAUACAUGAAAAACGCUGGCCGCGUGCGGUCCGUCGUCGUCGGCGGCCGCCCACAAUCCGGGCCCAUGCAAGCCGUGGCAGGCACAAAGGGCGGCUUCACCUUUCAAGCACCCACAAUCCAAUCCUUUGCCAACGGCACAAUCACAGCGCUCGAGCCCAUCGACCCCGACAAGGCGCAGGAGCUCGGACAAACGGUCCUGGGCGGGCUUGCGAGCGGCACGAUUGGCGAGACGCUGGUCAGGCGUCAGGUUAGGGCACAGAUGAAUUGCGAGGAUAAUAUUCAGCCUGGGGACGAGGAGAUGGUUCCGUUGCAGUUUGUCUAUGAGGCUGCAGAUUGCCGGUUGUAUUAUACUAGGGAUAUGGCGAGUGAUCCGAUGGAGGUUUGGCGGAGGACGGCGGGUGCGAUGUGGUCCGGGGAGGCUUGUGUUGCGGAUAGUACGAAUCAUCCGAGCAGUCUGAGUGGUGGCGAUAACUAUAAUGCGGAUGGUAGUGAUGGUCAGCCGGGUGAUACUGGUGCUGGUAGCGUUAUGGGGGCGCCGAGGAGUUUGUUGGGUCUGGUUCUUGCAGUUAUGCUGGGGAUUAGCAUUUUCUAAGAUGAUGUUCGUAUCAAGCGUAUAAGCGAAGCAUUCUUUGCAACUAUAUUGUGAUAACUAAAUGAUACGGCGUGGAACCUGUGGCUAAGUCAUCGAGUUGCUACAGUUAUAGGUAGUUAACGUCUU